UUUUAUUAUAACAAAGGUUGUUUAUCGAAAUCCCAAUAAUACCCUUUACAUGCUUCCAUCAACCCCACAAGCACAGUUAGAGGCAAUGGGUGGCUCUACUGGACCUGAUGUUGUCAUUGCUGCAAAAAAGAAUGUUGCCCUUUUGACUUCUCGAGCUGGUGCCCGAGACCCCUCUGCUAUUCCUUCUAUUUGUUGUGUUUCUACUACCCUUCAAUAUCCUACAGGGUUGGAAGGUUUGGAUGUCGGCUUAGCAUCGGUGUUGGAAUCGAUGGAUAUUUGUUUGAAGUUGUGGGGUUCAAAAGCUUGUGUUUUGGAGGACUUAGCAAAUGCUAUCAAUCUGGCGCAUAUCACGAGGGAUCUUGUGGAAAGUGUUGCAACUUUGCUAAACCAUGCUUAUCACAAUUAA